UGUUCACAAACGUAUCCUUUGUCUUUGAUUGGCUGGCCAACUUUUCUUCCUCGUUUCGUCGUUGCUUUCCCAUCUACUCACUCCUACGACCUUUUUGGUUUUUCUCUAGUCCCAAGUCUUUUCCUCGCUGCCUGAAAAAUUACCCUGCAAUUCUUGCUUUCUCAGCCUCAUCAGUAGCAUUCAAAUCGAGUUUUCCAUUUUUCUUUCGUUUCCAAACAAAUCCCUUGCCAAUUCCCACCAAUUCAUUUCCUUCCCCGUCUCUUCCUUCUCUCCCCAAUGGGUAUUGGGAAGAAGAAGCAUCUGUUUUUGUCUGCCGUUUUGGUGCUUUUCAGUGUUGCCAGAGCUUGCUCCAAUGGACAGUGCAAGCUACUUGAUGGGUGCACAACGAAUGCGGAUUGCGGAACAGGGCUGUACUGCUUCUCAUGUGCUCUGGGGUUUACGGGGUCUAGGUGCGUAAGAUCCGCCUUCACUGAUCAAUUCAAGCUCGUGAAUGAUUCACUUCCAUUCAACAAGUAUGCGUUUUUGACAACCCACAAUGCUUAUGCUAUCGACGGGGAGCCAUCUCACACCGGAGUCCCGAGACUUACCGUUACAAAUCAAGAAGACAGUAUCACUCAACAGCUAAAUAACGGGGCUCGCGCCUUGAUGCUUGACACCUACGAUUUCGAUGGUGAUGUAUGGUUGUGCCAUUCUUUUGGUGGUAAAUGCCAUGAUUAUACUGCAUUUGAACCAGCUAUAGACACUUUGAGGGAAAUUGAGGCCUUCUUAUCGGCAAACCCAUCUGAAAUAAUCACAAUAAUCCUAGAGGACUAUGUUCAUGCCCCAAAUGGAUUGACCAAAGUCUUCACCGAUGCGGGUUUGAUGAAAUAUUGGUUUCCAGUUGCAAGCAUGCCACAAAAUGGCCAAGAUUGGCCUCUAGUUAGCGACAUGGUCGCGAAAAACCAGAGGCUUCUCGUGUUCACUUCUAUUAAAUCUAAGCAAGCAAGUGAAGGAAUCGCCUAUCAAUGGAACUUUAUGGUUGAAAACCAAUAUGGGAAUGGAGGAAUGAAGGCAGGAAGUUGCCCUAACAGGGCAGAGUCGUCGCCGCUUGAUGACAAGACUAAAUCACUGGUUUUGGUAAACUACUUCAUGUCUCCUCCAGUCAAGCAAUCCGCCUGUGUUCAACAUUCCGAAGACCUCAUUAACAUGCUGCAAACUUGUUACGUGGCGGCUGGAAGUCGGUGGGCGAAUUUCGUUGCUGCUGAUUAUUACAAGAGGAGUGAGGGAGGAGGAACAUUUCAAGCCAUAGAUACCUUAAAUGGGAAGCUGCUGUGUGGAUGUGAAGAUGUACAUUCUUGUGUGCCGGGAUCUACAUCAAGCGCCUGCAAUGCUCCUUCCCCAGCAUGAUGGGAGCACGACAAAAUGAAUUUGAAUCAAUUAGCAGUUCAGGUUAAACACACAAGAAUUAAUACACGAAUCCAUGUGUAAUAGUACAGAUCAAUGACCAAUUACUGGGUACUCUCCGCAAAUAAAAGAUCGUCACCGCAUAAUUUGAGUUA